UUGAAAAAUGAAUAAGUCAUCAGCAAGUGCUUUCAUAGAUAACUCAAGAGACUUCCAGUAGGCUUAAACUCUUAAAGUACGCUUUUAACCCUUCUAUAGGAGCCAAGGAAGGCAAGGGACUGGGUCUGGGCACAUCCCUAGGAGAGAUCUAGGCUAUAUAAACUAUGAAGUGAAUGGCAAAUCAAGGAUGCCAAAGUUUACCAAUUCUGCUUCGCAUAGAAUGAAAUAGCAAGGGAAAACUUUAUAAACUUACUAAGAGAGAUGAUGGUAUGACAGAGGCAAGUAUACAUGUCAAGAACUGGAACCUUGAGCAGGGUCUCCCUCGAAAGGUCACUAGAAAAAGCAGCAAGAGGGUCAGCAACGAACGGCAAAUGAGGAGGUACUGCUGCCAACGUCAGCUAUCGACUGAGAAUAAGACCUCACUUGGACAGUCAAGUUUUGACUUUUCUGUGGGUAUGAGUAAAAAUACUUGGAUUAAGGACAAUAAUGCAGAUGACUUUAGUAAUAAAUAUUCAUGUUUUAAUCUCCAAAAUCUUCGAUCUUUUGAACACAAGCCGAACCAUUCAAGAUCACCUGAAUCAGUGAGAACAUCUCAAGCAAGAGUCAUGCAUUUUUAUAAGAGACAUGAGAGACAAAGGAAUGCUAUUUCUCACAAUAGGAUUAACAGGAGUAUCGAAUUGACUAGGAAGCAAGCUAUCUCCCAUCUGAGGCAUAAGUAUCACGUCCGGAUUACCCAGAAGGAUAAAAGACGGUUUAAGAAUUUAGAGCUAACUAUAAAGAAUCAAAUCUCUUUGAGGAAAAACCUGAGAGGGUCAGGUACCCUCACCUCAGAAGGCAAGAGGUUGCUCCUUAACAAAUAUGUACAUGUGAGUAAAGGAAUUCGAGACAGAUGUCUUCAAAGAUCUUUCCAUCAUAAUGCAAGAAUUAUUCAGAAGAAUGUCAGAGCGUUCCUACAGAGGCUCAAGUUCAAGCGCUUGCUUCAGCUUCGUCAGGAGGCAGCACUGAAGAUUCAGAACAAAUGGAAGGCUUCUAAAUUUCAAAGACUUGUUCCAAAAUUGAGAAUUAGUCGUAAGCACAGCGCUGCAACCAAGAUCCAAAAGGUGGUCAGAGGCUAUCUCUUAAGAAAGACCUUAUACCGCAAGCUCUUCUUGCAAAAGCAGGAAGAGCUCGCGAUCUGUCAUGCAAAGUUGAAGCAGAAGGAAGAAAUGUACAUGCUUCAAGAGGAAGCUGAAAGACAGCAGCGAGAGAAAGAAAAGCUCUCUCAUGAAAAGACGCCUAACCUUGAUAAAAAUUUCUCUGUGAAAGUACCUCCAAAGAAGAGGAAGACCAUUGCGAAUGUAGUUAAGAUUAAGACCUUCUCGCCCCAGAAGGUGAGGAAAUCCAGCAACUUUUUCCCCAAACAGGGGUUUACAGAUUCAUAAUUCCUUGGAG